AUGGCCGCCGAGAAUAAAAUUUUACAACUGAUCCAGAGAAACCAAUCCUCGAAGGACAUCGACAGGAUCAUGAACAAAGAAACUCUCAAAGACUACAAACUUGCGUCGCUGAAUCCGUUCGUCGACGAGCAUGUGUUUCUUUGUGUCGGAGGACGUCUGAAAAGGGCUGAGAUUCCCUAUGAGCAAAAACACCCGAUCUUGUUGCCGACACAUCAUCCCGUUACCGACAUGAUUAUCAAGGAAAGGAACGAACGUGUAUAUCAUGCCGGCAUUCAGAGCACACUGUGCACCGUAAGACAGAGAGGGCUGUGGCUGCUCGAUGGGAAAAACCAGGUACGAAACAUCAUCCGGAAAUGCAUCCGAUGUCUCAGACACCGGCCGGUUUCGCUGGAGAGCCGAAUGGCUGAUCUGCCUCAGGCACGUGUGAACGGGACGGCGGCGUUUUUGCGUGUGGGCGUGAAUUACUUUGGGCCAGUGUUGGUGAAGGAAAAGAAAUUCCGGAACCAAAAAUUCAUCAAAUCGUACGCUUGCGUCUUCGUCUGCAUAGCUACAAAGGCCGUCCACCUAGAGAUUGUAAGCAAUCUCAGUACUGACGCGUUUCUCGCGGCGUCUCGCUGUUUCAUCGGUCGUCGUGGGGUCCCCACCCACGUGUUCGCGGACAACGGGACAAAUUUCGUCGGGGCACACAAACAGUUGCGCGAACUCUAA